AUGUCGACGGUACUAGAUCACGAUUUCUUGAAACACCUUGCUGCCAUUCACGACCACGCGCCAGGACACCAGCCGCCACGCCUCAAAUGGUACCUAACGACGAUAAUCGCUUUUGGCGGGAUGAACUAUCCUGAGUUGAUCCCUGAGCUGUACCAAAUUCUACUCAGGGAGCAUAUUCACGAAGAAGAGCAGAUGCAAGAGACUCGUAAGAUCCGGGAGGGACUCACCAAGAUCUGUGGCAUCUGGGGCGCUGCAAAGACUGGUAGCGCGACACGGCAGCUAUCGAAAGCCACUCCACCGCGUCUUAAAGAUCCUACCGUCUACAGGAGCCGUGAGCCACAAGAGGUAGCCUUCAAGAGGGGGCAGGAAAUGCUGGACCAGAUCUAUAAACGGAUACCUGGUUAUGAUAUGUCACUUGUCUCUGAGGCAUCUCCAGACUACGGCUGGAUUGUGAAUAACCUAUUUUACGGACAUGUGUUUUCGUUUCCCGACAUACUCGAUGCUGUGGAGACGGGCCAAUGCGUUGUAGCCGCAUUGUUCAGCACGGAUUGCCAGGAGCAGGUUCGCAACCACAUGCUGGGUAUGAUGUACAGCGGAGCCACUCGCGGAGAGGUAGAAGGUAUCCGGGCUGUGGUCAUGGCGGUAGCGGAUAAGCUGGGCGUCGUUGGCAAGCAAGGCAGACGUGCGAUUGAGGUUCCAGAAAUGUAG